AUUAUGACUAGCUCGUAUUGAAGGAAUAACCGCAACGACUGCUUCAUUCCUUGUGUUAGAAAUACAGCAUAAACUUGUGUCGUCUUUUGACGAGGAGAAACUCGUAUUCCUACAUCAUCCCAUAAUACACACACCAGAGGUGUACUCACGUGUAUACUUUACUGCGGAGUUACUUACUCUUUGUAGUGCAGAUCCAUUCUAACAACGAUAACCGGAUCACGCGCUGGUACCUUCCAAUACUAUACUCCUGGCCUGAUGAGUCGAACCAUGAAGAUGUGAACGUGUUCCUAGAACCCAAUUCGCAGUGACGUGAGGACGGACGGACAUCUUAUCGACAUAGGAACAGACACAGUCCACUAUGGUAACUAGCCAACAAUUGACCAUCACCCUGACAGGAGGAGGACCUUGGGGGUUUCGGCUGAUCGGUGGGGAAGAAUUCCCAUUGCAAAUAGCAAAGAUCCGCAAGAGAAGCAAGGCAUGCUCUGGUGGCCUCCAGGAAGGUGACACGGUGGUCUGCAUCAAUGGCGUCUCUAUGCAGGGCAGGUCUCACCCCGACGCCAUGUACGAGGUGGACAACGCUGGAGAAAAACUCAACAUAGCGGUCCAGAGGGAAGGAGGGUCAUUCCAACCUCUUCAGCUAGUCGAGCAAAGAGCACAGCAGCCUGUGGCAGCACCCAUGCCGAUGAGCAAUGGGUAUGGAGGAGCACCUGGGCCAAAACCUGUCUCAACCUCUCAGACUUUUCGGGAUGGCAAAACUACGACCAACGUGGUGACCGGAACUUAUCAACAGACAUCUGGAGGCGGCAGCCACCACACCAAGGGAUUCGUUAAACAGGUAGUACAGACACAACCAGGGGCAGUGACACGCCAGCAAACGACCACUCGAGUCACCUCCUUCUCUAACCAGGCGUCUAGCAACGAGAGCCCCGUAAGGUUUCAAAUCAAGAACCUCCGUAACGAAUUCAAGGAGAAUUAUACUCCGAUGAUAUUCGGACAAGGAACGGAACACACGUAUGAAGACUAUAUGCGGCCCGACGACACAGUCCGUAUGCCUCGUGUGUUCAUGGUGCGGGACAUCAAGGGAACCAUUUCCGGGCAGUCCGAGCAGCAACCUAACUACCUUCCCGAUGCCAUGAACCAGCCGAAGGUACCAAGACCUUUACCACCAAAAGCACCGAAGCCAGUCCGAAUGGCACCGGAACAACCUCAAUUCAAAGUUCCAGAUCAGGUACCACUUCCGGAGUAUAAACCAGCUCCUAUUCCGGAACCGGUUAUACCACAGGCACCACCGCCGCCACUUCAACCACAUGAAGUGCCGGAGCCAUCAGAUCCUGUUUCUUACUACCCGCAGGAUGAGCCUCUGUUCUUCCCGCUACCACAGGCACCUUUUGUUAAUUUUGACGCGCAUGCUUACAACGAACAGAUCAGAUCGGGAAAUUACAAUGACGCAGGUGACUACGAAGAAACGCCAGAGGAAAUGGAAGAAAGGUUUAAAGGAAAGUGGCCUAUUUUUGCACCAAAAGUAGAAAUUCAUUAUGACGAAGAAUUUUUACAAAAUGGCAUGCAGAAUGGUUUCAUCUUAGAGAGACCAGAUAUACUUCCCCUUGAUCUCAGCCGGAAGUUGAGUGGCGCUGAGAUGGACAGCGACCCAUAUACACCAGGAACCCCCGAGUCGUCCGGUGUACGAAAGAAGAAAGCACACCUAGAUCCAUAUGUAGCAUUCAAGGAGAAAUACUAUAAAGAAGACAAGAAGCUGUACAACGACUCCGCCUUCUAUGAUGCUCCUGACACGGACUAUCCCACCAUCGAAGACCAAAUCACCCUAUGUAAGAAAAUCGCGCGUUCGUUGACGUCGGCAGCCAAUAAGAAAGCGAGAGGAUCCAAGAUGUUUGCCAAGCGUAAACGACGUGCUAGCAAAUGGAUACACGAUGGCGAGUCACAUAUCGGAUCGUCUUCAGCCGGGGACGUAGCUGACCUUCACGACCUCGAUAGCGAACUUCACCUAAACGAAGGCGGUAGCAACCCACUGUUCUCAUUUCGUAUACCCAAUAUUAGGAACCGUAUUCUGUUGACAGACGGCGGUACUCCAAAAAUGAGUAUUUCACAGCAGGAAUUUGAACAAUUGAGGCUACAACAGAAAAAAUGCGAGCACAAGGCAGUGUCUCCGAGUACCUGUCAUAGCCUGGUAGCUGACCUGCACAACCAGAGAAACAGGGGAGCGAAAUUAUUUCAAAAACGUCAAGCAAGGUCAGAGAAAUGGGUCAUCGACGAAAACAACGCAACGAAACCGAUGUUGUCACAACAAAAAAUUAAUUCAUUUUUGGAGUCAACAUCAUCAGUACAAAACAAGGCCCCCACCCCUUGGGAGGCAGCCCUGGGUAACCCCCAGGGACGUGUGGAUAAUGCGUUUGACCAAAUGGACUAUUCAAAACCCACUCCACAGCAAAAAUAUAGUCCGGCACCCCAGCUGCCACAGCCCGCCCCUCAAGUCGCCCACGACCUCUCGGGAACGCAAAAUGUCAGUGUAGUGACUGGGCCAAACUUUAACCGCACCCCCAAGGGAUGGGGGUGUGGCCCCCCACCAACAGCUGUUCAGGCUGAUGAACACCAUGGUUACAACACGCUUCGUCGUCAGGUGUCACAUAAACAGGAACAGCCCCCGCCUCCCCCGCCAAAGCCUCUCAAGGCAACGCAAGAAAACUACAACCCCAAAAUGAGGGCUUGGAACCCGGAAAUGAGUGGAUCGUAUAAUCAUAAUACGUACAAUAUCGCCAGGUUCCGAGGUCCAGGAGGCAGCGCGGGUCCAGAACAAUACGGUCACCGUGCCGCAGAUUCGUAUCAAAACAUGGUGCCGUCACAUAUGAUAAUCGCGUCCGAUGUGUGAUCCUAUUAACCUUUUCCACGCCUUUAUUCGUAUAACUUGGAUUAUAAUGAUGACCCUCUAAACACGAGUGAAAGUUGGAUAUAUAUAUAUAGUUCACCUUACUUAAAUGUGUGGUUUAAUAAGCAAGAUUCCAGAAAAUCGUGAUCAUGACUUUUAAUUAUAGUGUUGUAUAUAUAAGAACUGUGCGUGCGUGUUUGCCUGGAUUAAUUUAACAUAAUAAACUAGGACUAUAACAGAAUAGAAAAUCGGCAGAAAUGUAAAAAAAAGAAAACCUUGAAACGACUUGAGAGUCUAUGCUGUGUGCCUUAAUCAUAUGUCUUCCAACAGGGCUGUUUUGAAACUCGAUUCCUGCAAUAUUAAUUGUAGACCAACAACACCUGUAUCUGGGCGGUAAAAGAACCACUGCAUGAAGAGAUUAUAUGCCGUCUGAUGGGGAGAAUAGAGGUUUGGGCAGGCGUCCAGAUCCCGUUUUAUUUUUGCUGUCGUUUGUUACUUAUGUUGUUACUAUGGAUACCUCAAGCAUUCCCCUUAGUUUAGUGAGUUUUUUUGGGAGUAGCUACCUCUUGCACUGUGUCUGUGAUUCGCACUACCCGGGAUUUUGUUUAAUGAGAAACUGUCUUUUCUGUAAUUUUUCCUUCUCGUUUGUUUGAGGUUAUAAGACAAAAAGGAUUUAAAGUUCAAUAUGACCACCAACUCCUCCUUCACCGCCCCUCUGUUGGAGUACUGCCCACGUGUGUGCUAUCCUGUACGUGUAUACACACGAGAACACACAACCCGUCUGCUGCAACCUAUCCGACGAGCUGGAUGCACUCUCCAAGGUCUCUGCGAGACAAACGGCCGCGCCUAAUAAGGAUCUCGUUAAUGAUAUAGCAGCAGUGUCAAAUGAUAGUACUGACUGAGGUGGAACACGAGAUUACCGUCCUUACCCUUAUGAUGGUACUGACUGAGAUAGACCACGAGAUUACCGCCCUUACCCUAGUAAAUAUUUGUGACUGUGGUGUACAAGGCUUGCUGUUCUUAUUUCCAGUGACCGCCAUCAGUAUGCUGUGCACAGCAACAUGUACAUGAGUUAGUCCCCUUUGUAUUGGUGUUAAUAGGUUUGGAUAUGCAAGUUUUACCUAUAAAACUGUAAAUAAUCUUGUUAUAAUAUUUGUAACUAGUUUAUUUAUUUUAUUUGUUUUAUUUGUUUGUGAAUUAACACAUUUUGUAUGGAGUUAUUAAUAUAUGUUAUAACUUAUUAUAUGGUGAUCUAAACUAUUUAUGGAGUAUAAAAUUCCCUAAUUUAUUUUCAUACUUGCACCUUAGAACGGUGACUUUAAAUGCCAUUAGUAUUUGCCACCCUGAAUAUAGCAAAAUAAUCUAUCAUGUUUUGCUUGUUUUUACUUUUAAUGAUCCAUUUUUGAAAUCCAUAUAGUAUCAUAAGCUAAAAAUAGAACCGUAUGACGCCACACCGACCUUGGACCCUAAUACAUCAUGAGUGUGACAUCACUGCUGUAGCAGGAAAACGUCUCCUUUCGUUCAUUGUUUUCGUCAGACCAGGCACCUUAGGUCAGGUGCACGAGUCAUACGGUUCUAACCAUCAAAGUAUAAAAAUAAGCAAAAUUUGGGGUUUUUUCAUCACAUGACAAAUGUGUGUGGACACAAUGCCAACAUUUUGACAGGAAUGUUUUGUAUCAUUAACCAGCAUUAAUAUCUAUUUAUAUCAUUUUACAAAUUUCCCGAUUGAUGUCAUAAUCCAAGUCGCCCGGAUGUUUGGUGCAUGUCCUGGUAACCUUGUUGUCCACACUUCCAUCGUUGUAUAGUUUCACACUGUACAGCGUGCCCUGGAGAAUUGCGGUCAAAAAUAAAGAGAGUUAACGAAAAGUUACGCUCUGCUGUUGAGCUUUCUGCAGACAGACAUCCGGGCGAUUGCGAUUGUUGUGUAGUCUGAUGAUGAAUGAGAUUGUCCUAUUUGGGUGAAGAUACAAUGCCAAAUUGAUAGGACACCUGUCAACAUCAACAUCUGCUUUCGAUAGUCCACUGAUGUAGUACUACAUCCAGUGCAUGCCGUUGGCCUUUAACACAAAAUAAACAAAAAAUAUCGAAAAAUCUCUGUUGAAUUGUUUUAUAUGUAAACAGCUAUAUUCAUUUUGUCAAGCCUUAUUGCAAGAAAGCCUUGUUUGGCUGACACCUCAUUUGUCAAUGGAUGAAAGUACGCCUAUUUGUUCUAAUUAUGGUCGACAUAUUUCAUGACUUUCGCAGAUUAUUUUCAUAUAAAUGUUAGUGUUCGUUAUAUAAUCAAGUGUGAUCAUAUUUUACGCUCAAAAUACUUGUUAAUCAAAUAAAUAUAAAUAUACC